UGCACCCUCACAUUGAGUUUGAUGAUAGCUUUUAUGGAUAGAUAUAACUUGAGUUGAAGAAGGAACAACAUCAGAUACAAUCAUUUUAUUCAAUUUGCCCUAUAUACAUGUUUACAUUGUGAUAUGGACCUUUAGGCAGCAUAUAGUAAAUAAUUUUAUAUAACAGAACUCCCUUGUUAACAUUACUUGACACCUGUUAAUUAAUAUGAUUUCUGUAAUUAUUGAGCAGCGAUGUACUACGUGAUAACCAGAUGAAUUAUUAAUGCUAAAGUUUACAUGUCUACGAGAAGGUUAAAGUAACUUACACUGUAAAAAUAUGGUUUUAAGUUAUACCCUGUGUGAAGUCUUAUUUCAAAAUUGCAAUUUUCUAAUGCUGUCUAUAAUGUAUAUACGUUUUUGCACAAAAUUUAACAAAUUCAAACCAGGUUCAAGAAAAAGAAAAGGUUUUUUAACUAAAGAAAGGUUCCUUACAGAGAAAGCUCUGCAAGCCAUUUUUUUAAUCAUCCAGGAAGACCAAAGAAUAGAUUCCGCAGCUCAUAACAUGUACAUGUACUUUUUAUACCCCCACAUUUAUGUGAGGGAGCAUCUAGCACUGCUUCUGUUCGCACAUACGUACAUUAUGUCAAGAAGUCUUGUGUGUCCAACUCCUCCCACACUUAUAGCCUGAUUUGCUUCAAACUUUCACAAAUCAACAAACUUGAUGUGCAGCUGACCACGAAGGAAGGAACUUUGCUGUGACUAUUUUCAUAUGCUAUUUUUAACAUAGUUAUGGCCCUUUGGUAUUUUUGCUUUAUAGAAUAUAGAGAAAAAUCUUGCAUGUCCAACUCCUCAAACACUAUUGAAAGAAUAUGCUUGAAAGUUUCACAGAUGACGGACCUUGAUAUGAAGAUGACUAUAAAUAACAGACUUUUUUCUGUGGCUAUUUUAUCUAGAAUUAUUGUAUUUUCUUAAUUAAAAUAGGCCAUAGUGAAGAAAUUUGGUGUGUUCAACUCCUUAUACACUUUUUGAAGAAAUGGAUUCAAAGUUGUUCAGAUGCACAAGCAUAUCAGAAUACAGUUUGCUUCAAAUGUUUAGUUGAUCAUCCUUCAUGUGAAGAUGGUCUGUAGGCCUACUAAAAACUUUGCUAUUUAGAAGAUUGCGCAAUAUGUGGGGGCAUCCAUGUCCUAUGGACACAAUUCUGUUUAUAUAUUGUUUGACAGGUUUUUGUUUGAAAGCUAGUAUCCACCAAGUGAAGAACUUUCAAACAGGAUUUCAUUGCUUAUUUUUAUCUUUUGGAGGUAAAUUAGACAAUUUAAUCUUUUUGGCUAACAAUUUUGACUUCAUGUCUAGCCAGAUCAAUGAAAGUACAUCACAUUUUCAUAAGAUUUGUUUAUGGCAUGAAUAAUUAAAAACCCAGAUGGUACUAUCAACAGACUUAUUAGGCAUGAUUAUUGAUAAUAAAUGUACAUAGAUCUGUUUUUAUAGUGAGGACAAAGUGAUAUGGCAUUAAUUAUUUACAGUACUAAAAUAUUGACCAUAUACUAGUAAUGGAUAUUCUUGCUUACAGGCAAGAUUUCUGUAUAUGUAUUUUUUGCUUUAAUACUUGUUUAACUGGAGAAGUUUAAUGGUUAAGACUGUUAAAAAAAUCAUUCAGCAAAAUUCAUAUGAAAAUAUGUGACUUUUUCGUCAUUUUUUGGUCAAGAUUUUUCACAGCUUGUGGAGUGAACUAUAAUGUUUUAGAUGUGAAUCUUAAAACAGACUGCAGAAGUCUACUGUUCUAUCAGAUGUAAUGUGUACACUAUAAGAAAUGAUUUAUAACUCAUUAAUAUUUAUACAUGAUAAAGUGUGUGAACCAGCCUUGAGAUGAGACCAGUAUUCCAAGCCUACAAUACACAUAAUUUACUGAAAGAUACACUUACUCUUGGUAAUUUAUGAUGAAGUUUGUUCCCAUUGUAGCAGAGCUGUUGGUGGUAUCGAUGGUGUUACAAGUUGCUGCAGAUGAGCACUACAUAACUCCUACAGUUAGUCUUGUGUCCUGUUUGUUUCGUCAAGUAGUGUUAGAAAUCUUUGACUGCCAAGAAGGGGGUGUGAUGUACAUUACACAUGGUACUGAAGCAUAUAACAUACAGUUUCCCGAAAAUGGGACGGUGACGUAUUCAUGCCACUUCAAUGAGUGUGACUUAGGAUAUAAUACUGCAUUUACAUUUGUUGUCCAACGAAAUGUGGGCAUUCAAUCUGUGCAUGAUGUGAAGACAAGAUUUACCUGCCUUUUGGACCAGAGUGAUAUUACUCCUAAAAAUAUGGCACAUAACAAGGAAGAGUUUGACAAAAACACCCAGUUUGUUCUUAUCUCUGCUAGAGCAUCUAUGAAAUUUUAUGACGGUGACAGACAGCUAGCAUCUGGGACUUAUAUUAAACUUGGCACACACAUCAGGAUGGUUAUUGAACUCAGAAAUACAUUUGAUGAGCUGCUUGACAUAAACAUUAAAUCUUGUGAAGCUUCUGGGAUACAGUUAGUCGUGGACAGAUGUCCCGUGGAUGAGGAUUUAUUUGAUACAUUCAACAAAACUUCUGUCGGUGCAGUACAGAACAAAUUCCAAAUGUUUCGAACCACAUCAUCAAAUCCUGAACCAGCUGGCAUGCUGUUUUCCUGUCUUGUAGAAGUGUGCUAUGCCCCAUGUGUAAAGUAUAAGUGCAAUGGAACAGUUGCAAUACCGGAGACAAACAGAAGAAAGAGAUCACAGGAAGAGAAAGAGGGGACAGUUGCAAAAUCUAUGAAAGUUGGAUCUCUAUUUAGGGUUGGGCUCGGAGAUCCAGUGUUUGUGAACAAAGAAAAUACUGACAGCUGUGUGGAAAUUGACGUUUAUUUUCCUUCAAUAGCAUUGUUAGGCUUUUUCCAGUUACUUUCUACAUCUGCUCUGACUUACUAUUGGAGGGAGAAAAUAAUAAUUGAAAAAUCGGUUAAGUCUAAAACAGCUAAUGAACUACAAAGAAAUACACAGCCAUUUAAAGAUAUUGUAGGUGAAAAGACAGUUGUGAAUAUAGAAAGUAAAGAUACUGAAACAGCUUGUGACUUGCAAAGGCAUAAGGAAGAUGUAGGUGAAAAGUCAACAACAAAAGAAAAAGUUAAUGUUACUGAAACAGCAGAUGAUUCUUAAAGACUGAAUGUUUGGUUGUAAAACAGGGAUUAAAUGAAUACACUAGAAGUGCUGAUGAUUCAUAAAGGCAUUCAAGAGCAAUUAAAGAAGUUGUAGCUGACACUUUGUCUGUAAUAGAGUAAAUACAUGAAAGUAGAUGGUUAUUUAUGAAGGCAUUAAGUGAGAUAAAAGAAGUUAUAACUGACAGUUUUGACGUAAUAAAGAGUAAAUACAUGAAAAUGGCUGAUGAUUCAUGAAGGCAUUCAAGUGAGAUAAAAGAAAUUGAAGCUGACAGUAUGGUCAUAGUAAGGAAUAAAUACAUGAUGAUACAUGAAGGCAUGCAAAACAGUUAAAGAAAGGUUAAAUGCACUGAAAGGUUGAUGAUUCGCGAAUGCAUACAAAUGAGUUGAAUGUUGUACUGUAAAAGAAAGAGUUUAAAGGCACAAGAGAAGUGUUUUAGGAUAAAGUAGUGGCCGUUGAUUUACAAAGAUACAAGGCGGGAAAAAGAGUCCCUUGACAUGAUCAGAGAUUAAAGACUCCAAAAUGCACAUGCCAACAAAGUAAAUAGCAAAAUCACUGAACACAGUAAAGAACAAAAACUGUUCAUAAAACUGUUAAAUUUGAUAACGUGAAAAGCUGGUUAACAGAACAAAAAUGACUGAGCUGGAGAAGGGUAUUGAGUUACAAGUUAUUUAGCAGCCAAUGGAUUUGUAAAACGUGAUUUGCUCGGUGUUACUCUAUACUGGACACUCAAAUAAAAUGCUUAGUUAGUUUUUGGCAAGAUCAAACAAACUUAUUAUAAUUAUUGUAAUAAAAGUAUCAAUAUAUGUAUGUUGUCAUAUAGUCUGAUUUAAAAUGAUUGCUUGCUUUAGUUAGGUUCAUUGACCAAGACAUGGUAUAGGCAGAAUGAAAAAACGUGCCUUUCUAUUAAUGUAUGUAUUUGCUCUUUUAAAGUGAUGUUUACCAUCCUGUAUCUGUAACACUGAGGAUGUUUAAAAAUAAGUUCUGUAGCA